AUGGAAUAUCAUUCUGAUGUAGGAAAUUUGGAUGAGGAUGGAUAUACUCAAUUAGACUUCAGCUCUCGAGGCAUCGCCAGGAGACAUCCAAUCUCAGAGAAAGGAACUUGUACUAGAUUUCCUCGUUGGUGUCUUAUUGCUGUGACCUUAGGAAUUUUAUGCUUGAUUAUGCUGGUGAUAACUGUGGUUCUGGGAACCGUGGCUCUUUGGAGAUCUAAUUCAGGGAGCAACCCAUUGGAGAACAUCAACUUUCCAUCAAGAAGUAAACAGAACCACAGCCAACCUACAAAACCAUCUUUAGAAGAGAAGGUGGAUCCUACCAUGGCUCUCGGGACUACAGGAGUUUCUCCCUACAGCCCUUGUCUCCCUAACUGGAUUUUAUAUGAGAAGAACUGUUAUUUAUUAAGAGCAUCACUGGAUUCCUGGGAUAGUAGUAGAGAACAAUGCUCUCAACUGGACUCUAGUCUUCUGAAGAUAGACAACUCAAAAGAACUGGAAUUCAUAAAGAGACAAGUGGCUUCCCAACCUAAUAAUUCAUUCUGGAUAGGGCUUUCUUACUAUCAGACGAAGAGGCAGUGGUUCUGGGAAGAUGGCUCAACAGUCUCUCCAAACUUGUUCCAAAUAAGAAACACUGUUAACCUGGAAAACUUACCUAAAGUUUGUGCAUGGAUACACUUGUCAGAGAUUUAUGAUCAACAUUGUAGUGUUCCUUCGUACAGUAUCUGUGAGAGAAACGUUGCAAAAUAA